AUGUCGACUGUAUUGAUCUGGUGCACUUGGUUCACGCAAAGCGUAAAAGCUGCCAGUGUAGGACGCCCAGUCCCAAAUGCCUACGCGCCACAAAGGCAUCUGAACACACGCGUUGAUGAAGUAAGGAGUACUGCAAGCUAUAGGCAAGCUGAUUAUGAUUAUGACGAAGAGGAAAAUGAGGAUGAAGAAGUUGAGGAGGAACUGGAAGCAGCUUUAAGUGGCGCCACAAAAAUCGGUGGAGUAAAUGUGGAAGCGGAGGAAGGAAAUAAUGGCGACGAUGAUGACGAGGAGGAAGAAGAGGACUAUGAAGAAGAUGAUGAAGAUAAUGGUGGUGAGGAGGGACGCGCAGUAAAAAGAAAGUUUUUAAUAGAGAAGUUUGUGGGAAUAAAAAUGUAA